UUAUUAUUAUUAUUACUAUUAUCUAUAGAAUUUUGAUCGUUCCCAUUCGUCAUGGCAACAGUCUUGAUAUCAGUUCCGUUUGUUAUUACCAUUGGUUGUACUUCUGAAAUUUUUUUAUCAAUUGGCUGGGGAUUAUCAUUAUCAUUAUUUUCAUUAUUAUUUUUAUUAUCAUUACCAACAUUUUUGUCAAUUAAACUUGCAGCCGUGGUAUCUUUAACAUUUUUAUUACUCUUAGUAACAUCUUUUGGAGUAUCAAUAAAUUGUUUAUGUUGCUGAAUUCCAAUGUCAAGUGUAGUGGGCGAUUCUUGUUUCAUUUUUGAAAUAUUCUUUUUAUUUAUUUUUCUCUUUUUUUUUUCCUAAAAAAAAA